GUAUUUACGUCUACGUCAAAAUAUACUCCAGUGGAGCAGUGAUUGGGUGUAUGUGCGAAUUAAUUAAAGAAGUAUUUAGUUAAAUUUUAGUAAUAUUUUAAAAAUUUUAUCGUAUUUAUUUGGUAAUGUGAUUGGUGUUAAACAUGGGAAGCGAGGAUAAAUUUUGUCUGACGGUGUGCGAGGGAUACUUUGCUCAAUGUCUGGAAGGGCAAGAGGACGACGUUCUUAUGGAUCCCUAUCUGAAUGGCUACAAAGAACUGAACAAGUUUUUCCAGCUGUUGGGAAAGGUGUUCGGAUUUGUUAGUAGCGAUGUAAAGUCCAAAGUUGAAAUUCUUGAGGAAUUAAAGACAAAGGAGGGAAAAGAGAAUUUUAAGUCUUUUCAAAAAAUGAUUGCAUAUGAGAAGGAUAGUGGAUUACUGGAGAAAAAAGACUACGUAUCAGGUUGUCGAACACUUUUACGUUUGCACCGAGGCCUCGAUUUUAUCAGAGAAUUUUUGCGACAACUGGGAACACUAAGUCCAGAUGAUAAGACAGGAACUUGUUGCCAGAAUGCAUAUAACGCGACUCUGGCUAAUUUUCACCCUUGGUUGAUCCGCAAAGGUGUCUCAGUGGCAGUUUAUGGCCUUCCGACUCGUGACCAACUACUUGAUCGUGUCUGCAAAGAUAAGCAGGCUGCUGUUGAGGCUCUUCCUCGCACCUUAGAAAUCCUCAAACAGGUGUACGAUCGUACCCAAUCAAUGUACACUGCUCAUGAUUUACACGGACUUCCGUGAGUCCAGCUGAAACGCUUUGCUCAAGACAUUGCAUCAUUCCAAGGAUUUUAUACCAAUUGAGAGAGUAUUUUUUAAAUUUAAUAAUACACUGAUAAAGCUCAAAAUAGUGCUUUAUCAUUUUAGUCAAAUUUUGUUUUAGUUAUUAUGCUUCUCGCUAAAAGUUCUCAUUAUCAGUUAGCAAAGAACCACUAAGCCAUAUCAUACUUUCAAUCCUUUCAAUGCUUAUGCAAUUAUUUUAAUUUACUUGCUAAGUAAUUAUUAGUUUCUUGGGAGGGAAACUAUUUCCAAAUUCCGCGUUUCUAAAUUUAUAUAGAGAUUUAUAAAGAAUGGAUGGCAAGAUGCUUUACUAUUUUUCAUUAGGUGAGAUUCUCAACAAUAUCCCCUAUACUGUAAUCAUUACAAAAUUUCAUGACCUCAGAUUGGGUUCAAACUUUACCAAAAUGUGAUUUGCCACUCUAUGCUUGUUGCAGAUUCUAAAUUUGAAUUUAAAUAAAUUAUAGGGGUCAGAGCCUUUAUAGAUUAGAGUUGCUUUUACGGUUAGGAGUUGCCAGAUAGAAAAGAAGCAUGUAGAAGUGUCAGUUUUUAGAGGGAAUUCUGCUCCAAAGGACUCUAAGAGAGAUUGCAGAAAUUGAGAGAUUUUAUAAGUAAAAUUAGAAGAAAACUAGAAUAUAUGUUACAAGAGGAAUUUAUUUAUAGGAUAGAAAAUAGAGACAAAGAUUUCUGAAGGACGAACACGAGUAGGAUUGAUCUUUGAAAAGUUGAUGAAAAGAAUUACCUGUAAAUAGAAAAUCCAGGAAAUAUUGUAAUAGAAGUUUGAGGGAUCUCUAUUUAUAGGGCAAUUAGGAUAAAAAAGUGAGCAGGAGGAAUUAGGGGAGAUUUAAGAGGGCACCUUUGAACGCUCAGGUAAAGAAAGAAAAAGAUAGGUUAGAUGUUCAAUGGCUGAUCACCCCUCUUUUUCCAGAUCUUAAAUUGUUCACAUUUCAUUUCGCACCCGUCCCGAUUCCUUUUGAUCGCAUAUAGCAUCUUAUAGCUGGACAGAUCCUCAAAUAUUUCUAUUCUAAAAACAAAAAUGAUUUAUCAGCUCUAGAGCAACCGAUAAGAUCAAGUUCUUCGACAAAACUAGAGAACAGUCUGAUUUGAUCUACAUUUCGCCUAUAGGGGAAAGUUCUCUCCCUUCAAACGUUCACGCCUUCGAAUAAUGUGAAUUUUACUUUAUCUUUCCUAAAAGUGACCUACACAUAAUUAUAUUUCAAAGAUCAACUUCAUUUUGGACAGACUCAAACAUUGAUAACGUUAUUGUCAGCAUCCUAGUAGAAGAAAGCUUUUGCAUACAUCUGAUAAUUUUGGUUCUAAUUCAAAAUUUGCAUUUAUUUUAGAAAUUUCAUUCGAAAUUACUGUAUAAUAUUUCCCAAAUUCAUCUUCAAAUCGAAUUUGCAUGCAAUUGGUAUUUUUUCACGUUGAGAAUCUCACCUACAAUAAGCUGAUGUAGGCUUAUCACUAGUUUUUUUUCACAAUUUUUCUUAAAUUUUUCUUUGGAACCAUAGAAUGUUUCAAUUGUGUUCAUACUCAUAAUUCUUUUUUACUAAUCUUAAGACAUGCUCAAAAUAACGUGCAGUCAAAGAAUUGAGAAAAAAAUUAUUUUAUCGAAUCAAACAGAAUCGGUUGAAUUUGUCCGAAAUUCAAAAAAAGCAACGUUCUGUAGCCAUUUGAAAUUCAAUAACCUUUGCAAAAAAUUUACUAAAAUUUUUAUCAUAAAAUGUGAUUGGCGCGUUUUAUUUUUAGAAUUUUCUUUUAGGAAAUGGGAUAGAGUUUUUUUUAAGUUUGACCUCUGUAGCGCCUUUGUAGCGCCCGGAUUAUAUCAUGAUAAUUUUUUAAACAAAACUUUAAAUCCGCAAAGUUACAUUAAAAUAAGACUCCCUGAGGUUUUCAGAUAAUACAUUGUGGUUUCAAAAAAAAAAAAAAGGAAUUAUACUCUGGUGCUUGAGAAAUAAAUAGCUUCUGUCAAUGAGAACAAAGGCUUAUCACAUGUUUGUUUUGUAUUAUCUACCAAAUCCAAUAAAGCUUCAAUAUUUUUGAAUAUUUUA